GGCGGGGCCGUGCCGUGCCGGGCCGUGCCGUGCCGUGCCGGGCCGGGCGCUGCAGGGGCAGCCCGGCUGCCGCCAUGCCCGCCAAGUCCAAGUACAACCUGGUAGAUGACCGGCACGACCUCCGCAUCCCCCUGCACAACGAGGACGCCUUCCAGCACGGCAUCUGCUUCGAGGCCAAGUACAUAGGGAGCCUGGAUGUGCCACGGCCAAACAGCCGGGUGGAGAUUGUGACGGCCAUGAGGCGGAUCAGGUAUGAGUUUAAAGCCAAGAAUAUCAAGAAGAAGAAAGUGAAUCUCAUUGUGUCUGUGGAUGGUGUGAAGGUCAUCCUGAAGAAGAAGAAGAAGCUUCUUUCAUUGCAGAAAAAAGAAUGGGCCUGGGAUGAGAACAAAAUGCUUGUCAUGCACGAUCCCAUCUACAGGAUAUUCUAUGUGUCUCACGACUCCCAAGACCUAAAGAUCUUCAGCUACAUUGCCAGGGAUGGGGCUAGUAAUGUCUUCAGGUGCAACGUCUUCAAGUCCAAGAAGAAGAGCCAGGCCAUGCGCAUCGUCCGGACGGUGGGGCAGGCAUUUGAGGUCUGCCACAAGCUGAGCCUGCAGCACACCCAGCAAAAUGCAGAUGGCCAAGAGGAUGGAGACAGUGAGAGGAACGGGGAUGACCUGGAUGUCCCAGCCUGUCGCCUUGCCGGUGCGGAGAGAGCAGGCGCCUCGGCCCAGGAGACCGACAUCGAUGCCGUGGAGCUGCCGCUGCCCGGAGCCGACAUCCUCGACUUCAGCCGCGGCGUGACCGACCUCGAUGCCGUGGGCAAGGAAGCGAGCGCUUACGCCGACGCCAAGGGCUGCCUCCACGCUGACGACAUCCUGACAGCGUCACCCAAGAUGCUGCUGCCCUCAUCUGCCCAGCUGCCCGACCUGGGAACGCCUCUCUCUGCCCACCACCAAAUGCAGCUCCUCCAGCAGCUCCUGCAGCAGCAGCAGCAGCAGACGCAAGUGGCCGUGGCACAGGUUCAUUUGCUGAAGGACCAGCUGGCUGCGGAGGCGGCAGCACGGCUGGAGGCCCAGGCCCGUGUCCACCAGCUCCUGCUCCAGAACAAGGACUUGCUGCAGCACAUCUCACUCCUGGUCAAACAGGUGCAGGAGUUGGAGCUGAAGCUGGCAGGGAACACCACCACGGGCUCCCAGGACAGUCUGCUGGAGAUCACCUUCCGCUCCAACGCCCUCCCAGUCCUCUGUGACCCGACCACCCCACAACCCGAGGACACCCACCCGCCGCCGCCGCUGGGCCCCAGCUCGGGCUUCCCCAGCAGCCUGGGCAGCCCCAUAGGUAGGAACGACUGCCUGGUGAAGCUGGAGUGCUACCGCUUCCUGCCGGGCUCGGGGCCGCCUGCCCAGGAGCCGGCGCUGGGCAGCCUGGAGCUCAUCAAGUUCCGUGAGUCGGGCAUCGCCUCUGAGUACGAGUCCAACACGGACGAGAGUGAGGAGCGGGACUCCUGGUCUCAGGAGGAACCGCCGCGCCUGCUCCACGUCCAGCCCAGGCAGGACCUGGGUGACAGCCUGGAGGAUGAGAUCGCGGUGUAGGGGUCGGCAGGAGGUGGUGCGGAGCAGCCGGGACCCACUGGAGCUGGGGAAAAACCCUGGCCUAUAGCCCCCUGGCCCUGGCAGG